ACGCAAGGUUAAGGUGUUUUAUAUUUUUUGAUUUGUGUAGCAGGGAUUUUCUUGUCAUUCUUUAGAAUUUGGAAAAAAAAGAUAGAAGUAUUCAUUAGAUAUAUAUUAAUUGCCCUAGGCGAAAGUCGAUAAUGGAUGAAGAAAAUGAUCAUGAUUAUGCGGUCAAUGUUGUUUCGGAGGACUCAGAUACUGAUUUCGAGGAUCCUAUCAUACCUUUGCGAAGAAGAGUUCUGCGAGUGUAUGUACAGAACUCAACAAACCCAAGUGCACAACAAAGCCGAACAAGUCAGGCCAGUGUUAGAUCUAGCGCAGCUCGCUUGUUACCAAGCAAUACCGAUCAUGAUUACCUCUCCUCUACUGCGUCGUCGAGCAGCGCAUCUUCGCUUUUCAUGAACGCGGUCUUCGAAGAGGAUGACGAUAACCAGUCAAAUACGAGUUCGUUAUUAACAAUUAACAGCGCUCCAGGCACACUCGAAACUGACAACACAAAUCCACAGUCAUCGAGUUCUGAAGACAGUAACGCGAUAGAAAUAGAAGUAGCAUCUGGUAGCAACGAGACUAAUCAUGAAAUAGGUGAUGGCAAUGAGCCGGAGGCCGUUGUUGCAGACAAUAAUAACGAUGUACUUACUUCACCCCAACCAAAGAAGCGUAAGCGUUUAUCAACCGAGAAAACGACGCACACUACUCCGAAAGUUAAUGAGAGUUCGCCUGACAAUGACGAUGAUGGCCUCACCUGCUCGAUAUGUUUCGAUGUGUGGGAAAUGUCAGGAGAACAUCGAUUGGCUUCGUUGAAAUGUGGUCAUCUUUUUGGUGACUCUUGUAUAAGAAGAUGGCUGAAUGAGAGUGCUCGACAGACAGGCACAAGGGCAUGUCCACAAUGCAAGACGAAAGCCCAUCCUAAAGAGAUUCGUUACAUAUACGCUAAAAGACUACGCGCUGUUGAUCGCAGCGAAGAGCAUCGUAUGCGCGAUGAGCUAGGCGUUGAACGUAAUCGGACGCAAAGCUUGGAGUCUGAGCUUAGCGCACUUAAAAUCUCGUACACACAUGUUGCACAAAAAUUGAAACGUGCCGAAGCGGAAUCGGAUCGUAUGAGAUUGUUACUUCAAAACGGAGGUGGCGGCACUACAUAUCUAGCCGGUGGUUCCCGUAGAUCCCUACAAACAUAUAAAUUAUUUUUGGAACGCAAUGUGGAGAUUUCGCGAGAGCCAGGUAGCCGAGUAAUGGUCUACGCUCAUUUGCAAUCUAGCAUGAUUGUGUCACAAAAAAGUUCCAAUGGGCUAUUUCCGGGCUAUGGGUUGCGGUUUAUCGACACUCCGACCUUUAAGCCAUCAACAUUCCUGCAUGCCUCUAGUAAAUUAAUACGCGACAUUAGUUUGUCUGUCAACCAACAGUUGCUGGCAGUUACAAGCAUGGAAGUGCGUACCAAACUGUUUGAUUUACGUAGUAGACAAGCAUCAGCAACCUUUAUGUCAGCUGACAAACCUAUAUGGUCCUGUUCACUAGAUCGUAACAGGGAGUAUUUCCUUUAUUUGGGUACACAGCAUGGUAGCACCUGCGUGUUCGACAUACGUUUCCCAGAAGCAAUGGUAAAUGAAUAUAAAGCAGAGGCUGACUCCAGUCCUGUUAUUAACGUAGCCUCCAUCGCUCCUAGUAGCCAGUUUCCGUUUGGUGGUUUUCUUGUAUGCAAGCUCACGUCAUUGUGGUUCUAUGAAUAUUCAUCAUCAAUAAGAGAAACGACACCCUGCCGGCUGAAUGUUGACGGGCCGUUUACUUCAUUGAAAGUUGACGUUGCCCAGAACACAGUGCUUGUAACGACAAGAAGCCGGCUGUGUAAUCAUGAAGAGCGUUACAUUUUAGGAAAAAUAGAUAAAAUCGAUGGUAGUGUCAUCUUCAGCAUUAGUAUUACAUUUUAUGGUUCAAAAUUCACAAAUGUUAUGACACGUUCCUCACAGAUUGCGGUCCAAUCUAACACAUUAAUCGCUGCUUACUUACAGGAUACGAAAAUGCUAACUUUAUUUGAUGUUAAACAAGAGCAACGCUUGCAAUCCUUACCUGUUCAGGACGUUGUCUACGAUACAUGUCCCAUCUAUACAAACGACCGGAUAUAUCUGGCAGCAUUGACCGACUCCAAAUAUCGAAUAUAUCUUUUAACAGCUUCUACCUAGUCGAUAAUAAAUAAUAAGCAAGCCUAUGAACGUUGAAACACAAUCCGAUUAGUAGUUGGCAUGUAACUAGCAAAAAACGAACAAAAAACAGAACAAAAUAAAUAAACUUU